CAAAAACACACUCCCAAAUUUCUUUUUACUCCAUUUGUCAGGAUUUAUCGCUGCGGACAACAAAGACAACGGUACAUGGACUCAGCUAUGGCUCGUCACAGAUUACCACAGGAAUGGUUCGUUAUGCGACUACCUGACCAACGUCAAGGAACUUAACAUCAACUCUAUGUUGAGUAUGGCAACAUCCAUCGCCUCAGGACUCACACAUCUGCACAUGGAAGUCCAUGGGACGCGAGGAAAACCUGCCAUCGCACACAGAGAUUUGAAAAGUCGAAAUAUCUUGGUCAAGAAUGAUGGUAAAUAACCGCUUUGUGAAAUAAUUAUGCGAAAGUACUGGUUCUUAGAUCGCGGCUAAAUCCUGUGGCUGUCCUCAAAUUUUCUUACUAUCAUUUGCAGCCCCCAUAUUUCGCAAAGUAUCCCCACUGGGCUCUUUGUCAGAUCAUUUAUCAUAAUAGUGCCAUCUGUCACGAUUCAGUGACGUUAAUGUUCCAUUGUCUUCUCAUUGUCUUGUUUGUAACAGUCUCCAUGCCUGGGAACGUGGUUGCUCCAUGCCAUCAUUUCACUCGCUAAAUUUGCACCAUCCAAUAUUUGGCAGUCAUGAAGCGACGCUACCUCCGUAGUGCAGAGCACAGAAUACUACACAGAAGGCUAUCUCCAUUGUUUUUUUGCGUAAAGUGCUAUUCGUCGUGAUUCGUCACUCAGCAAGUACCCUAAACAGAAGUAGUCACCCCCCUGAAAAUAUCCAAAAUGGCGCUGUAUGGGAGAAAGCCAUGGAUAUUUCCAGGGGGGUGACUACUUCUGUUUAGGGUACUUCGGGUAGGCAAAAAACAAUGGAGAUGGCCUUCUGUAUAGUAUUCUGUGGCAAGGGGCUAGACUCCAAAUUCAGAUGUCAAAGUAUGUGCUUUAAAAACUUUGGAAUACGAAUUCUAGAAUUACAGGUCAACUCCAAAACCAUGUGGAGGGAGUGUAGUUAGCUUUCAUCAAAAACUGGAGUAAAUGGCUAUCAGCUGCUCAAAAUUUUAAAAAUAAAGCUAAAAUAACAAUUGAGCCAAAUUCAAAAGUGUAUUGGGGGCAGUAUCUGCCUGAGUCGUAACCAGUUGGAGUUUCAUUUCAACAUUCAAUCUCAUCCACAACAGACUAUUAGUUUGGUUCGUUUGGUUGACCCUAGAUCACCAUUCCUAACAUCGACAGAAAUAAAAUCCAGAGGCAUGAACCGUGCCAUGUGCCAUCCCUUUCACUCACUGAAUUUGGACCCUCCAAUAUUUGGCAAAGUGUCCAACCACUGAUUUAAUAUAUUUUCCAGGUACAUGUUGCAUUGCUGAUCUUGGUCUCGCGGUAUAUUACGAUGCUUGCAACGAUUCCUUCGAUCUACCAUCUGGGAGCCGUGUCGGCACGAAACGUUAUAUGGCUCCUGAAGUGCUGGAUAAUACUGAACCCAAGACUUUCCAUGAAUUCAAAAAGAUUGAUAUUUAUGCCAUGGGGUUGGUCCUUUGGGAGAUUGCAAGACGAUGUGCCUUCUCUGGUAAGGAAACGGUUGAGUGCAGCAGGCCUUAAAUAUCUUUUACAGGGCCGUCUGACAAAAUGUCCGGUGACGUUGAGUUUGGGUCGGACAUAUGUCCGAUGACCUUCAGUUCAGUUUUGACUCGGAAAUAAGUCUGAAUGACACAAAUGGCUAAACGGUAAAUGUUGUAAAGAUAUUAAAUAAUUUGUUUCUUUCAUACUUAUUUCCAAGCCAAAAUUAACUUGCUUGCCAGCACAGCAGUAUCAAAAAGACUUCGACACUUAAGCCCGUUUUCCAUUUCACCAUUUCGCUCGCCGCCCCGCGCUCGACUAUACGUUAAAACAACAUUUCCAGUUCACCUUUCUAUACAAUAGUACUCUGAUUUUCCAUUUAACAUACAAGCCUCUAGUCCUGGGCUAGGGUACAUUUUGAUUUACGGCGGACAAAGCUACAGUUCGGUCGGACACCAUUACACUCGGGUCGGACAAACAAUAAACCUCAGUUUCACUUUGGUCGGACAGAAUGUCCGGUGGUUUCCUCUCUACGUCGGACAAUUUCACGAAUGGGUCGGACAAUGUCCGUGACCGACCGAUAUUUUAAGGCCUGUGUUCCAACAAGUCCGAUACUGUCAUGAUAUAACAAUAUUGUUAGAACCCCGCGCCGCCAACCUUGUAACAUUCUUGUUAUAUCAUGACUGUAUCUGACUUGUUAGAACAUCCUUGUAACCAGUCAGAUAAUGCCAUCAAGCGUGUUACAAGUUGUUAACAGCUUGUUCCAAACUUGUUACAACAACUGGGAACAAGCAGUGUGAAGACAUCUUGUCGACAGCUUGUCAACAAGUUUGUAGCAACUUGUUUGCAGACUUGUCUUAUGCGUUUUUACGUGUGUAGUGCGAACACAUCUUGUUGACAAGUUGCUGGAACAGCAUUGCCUGAAGUCUGCUGCAGGUUUCUUCCAACUUGUACGUUUUUACGUUAUAUGUAAACAACGAGUUUGAGUGUUUCAUCAGGGGAUCCAAACACGAGAAAACUGUAUGAAACACGAGCGCGAAGCGCGAGUGUUUUAUUGUUUUCGAGUGUUUGGUCCCCUGAUGAAACACGAGAAACGAGUUGUUUACACAACAUCUCAAACGAAAACAUUUCAUUGGCUUAUAUAUAUUAUUAUAGUAUAUUGUUGUGUUUUGACUUGAAUUUGUAAUUAGGAUCUCAGUUAUUAGAUGAAAACCGUUUUUCAUCUAACAACAGUGAUAGUAUAUGAUUCUUAGCGUGUUUCCUUGCGGUAUCCAACCUCAAUCAUGUGACGAAUUAGGGUGAGUUCAUUCGCUAAUUUGCUCAUGAAUUAUUAAUGAGUUUGAGAUGUGUGUAUACCAACUUUCCCUGUGCGAGGAAACUUGAGCGCCCGGAGAAAACCCACGACUUUCGACAGAGCGUUGCAGGGGUGGAAAAAGUAUCGGAACCUGGGAACCUAGUUCCCAGAAAUUUUUUUUGAGUUGAGAGUUUCUCAGAAAAUUUUCCAGAAAAUAUUUCAACAUUUUGAGAUAACUCUGUUUACUCAACUUACAAGUUACAACUAUUCUACUUUAUUUACACCGUGCACGCUAACAUCAGUAACUUUUAAAUAUUUGACAGAAAUUAAUUCUUUUACCCACCCGGCCCUGCCAUCACAAUGAGGUAAAAUGGUAAAUAUAUGCUCUGCAAAGUCUCCAAUAAAAUGCAAAUUAAACAGUAAACAAAUAAAAGUGAUGGAAUAAAUAAGAUGAUAGGACACUUAGUUAAGCAUUAGAUCCUUACUAGUUGGUCAUAACUCAUAACUGUGGUAUAUAUAUAACAGACAACUAUUGCGAUGUACAAGCAUACAAAAACUAGCCUAAAGCCUAUUAUUACUAAAGUACAAAUAAUACAAUAAUUAUGCAUUUAUAAAGUUUGUUCGUUCACUGCAACCAGGUAUAUCAAUCAUGUUUCGCUCGCUACUCUGGUUUAAAUAAAUUAUUACAAAGCCCAGUCGAAUUGUAAUCAAGACCCAACGUUUCGACACUCCAGUCUAGUGUCUUCAUCAGGUGAUCUAAAACUGCGAUCGUGGCUUCUUAAAUACCCAAGGGAUGACGUCACCUGCCAAGAAGAUGCAUAUAUUCCUCUGGCAAAUAGGCGCCGUCAUCCCUAUUCAAAGCAUGAUUACUCAUACAGUCAUCAUGCUUUGAAUAGGGAUGACGGCGCCUAUUUGCCAGAGGAAUAUAUGCAUCUUCUUGACAGGUGACGUUAUCCCUUGGGUAUUUAAGAAGCCACGAUCACAGUUUUAGAUCAUCCCUGAUGAAGACACUAGACUGGAGUGUCGAAACGUUGGGUCUUGAUUACAAUUCGACUGGGCUUUGUAAUCAUUUAUUUAAACCAGAGUAGCGAGCGAAACAUGAUGAAUUAUGCAUUUGUUUUGUUAUUUUUGUAAUUGUAACAUUGCAAAUUUUACAGAAAAUUUCUAGCCUUCGACCCAGGUUCCCAGAAAGAAAAAAAUUUUUCCGCCCCUGGCUUAGCGUUGACUGACUCUUUUUCACAUAGAACUAUCCAGCAUAAUUUAGUUCAGUUUUCAGAUCACGAUUAACAUAUGUUGCAUUUUUCUUUAGCCGAGCAACCCGAGAGCCAUGCUAAACCGAACGCGAACAUGGUUGGGAAUUCUAAAAACUUCUCCAACCCACUGUUAAAAUUAUUGAAUGUAGAAAACGGUGACCGAAGGUCAAAGAAACCCAAAGAAGAAACGUCAAGUAUAAAUCCUUCCUCUUUUAAUCUUCAAGAUCUUGUGAGCGGAAAAUUAGACAAUUCCAGCGGAUUAGUUGUUGGAACAGUUCGGAAAUCCUUGAAAAUUCUUUCAAAUAAAAAACCGACGACUUAUUAUUAUUUUGAAACCAAAGGAAAAAAUCCCAAAGAAAAUCGCCAGUUGUAA